UACUCUCUGGGAUCAGUCGGUCGAUGGCUCUACCAAUCGGUGGCCGGUAUUGACACCGACAACGAAGAGGUGGGAUUCAAACGGAUUAUAAUCGCACCGAAACCGGCCGCCGGUCUCACGUCAGUGAAAGCCCACUACCCGUCCAUUAAUGGUCUGAUCGGCAGUGCGUGGGAAACAAAUGGCGUUAAUAUCACUUUAACCGUUGAUAUACCGGUCAAUACAAAAGCGGUGAUUGAUUUAACUUUUAUGAAAGGCUCUGCUAUCCAUAAUGUGGGCUCCGGUAGGUAUGUCUAUACUGGAGAACUGGCACAACAUUUUUAAAUAAUAGAUUAACUAUAACGUGUAUUAAUUUACUUAAAUCAUUAUACAGUAAAUAUAUAAUAAUGAUUUAAUAUGAAAUAAAAUA